AUGUCUUUGGAACAACAAACAGCACAAAACACUACUUCUCAAAUUCAAAUUUCUCAAUCAGAAGCUUCUCAAAUUCAAGAACAAGAAAAUAUUGAUUAUCUUCAAGAAAGAUUUACGAAUGAAUUUACACAUUAUGAAAAAGAAUCAAAUUUCUUGAAGAAGAUAACAA